CAAAACUAAACCCUUUGGGUCCCCAGCACCAGAAUAAUGAAAUACUGAGAUAUAAUAUAAAACACAAACUCACUUAACAUAAUCCCAAAAUGUAUUCCUUAACCCAGGAGACUUCAACAAAGGUACAAUAAUUUAGGUACACUAAUAUUGUCGUGCAUUUCAAUCAGCUCAGAAUAAAUGCUGUAUAUAAAUAUACACGUAAAAGCUGUUCAAACAUCCUCCCUCUUGUUCUGUUCAAGAAUCUUGUUUCCCUUUUUUGUUCAUUGGGGAAAGUGAUGGGGAAAUUCUGCUGUGGAACUUUGGUUUUAAGGCGUGGGUAGGAAAGCCCAUUUCUCCCUCUCAGAGAAUAAGCCUCUACCUGCACCAGGAGUAUAUAUAUGGCUCUGGUGAGGAAUAGGACCUCACACAGCCACUGAAGCUCUUUGUCUGAAGACAGCAGCUCAUCACAUCACAGCACCACUGAAGAAGAGAUGGCCCUGAUCAGAGCCCCUGUUAUUGUGCUGCUCGUGCUCCUGGCUGUGGGGCUGUUUGCUGCCGAGGUUUCUGCAGCUAAACAAGGUUUUCCUAGAGGCUGUUGUACGAGUUACUCCCAGGGUAGGAUGGACAUUCGUCUCAUCCUUGGCUUUUCCAUACAGACAGUGAAAGACGGGUGCAACAUUGAUGCUAUCAUUUUCCACACUGUCAGAGGGAGAUUCCCAUGUAUGGAUCCCACCAAGGGCUGGGUUAUGAAAGCUGUUCGCAAGCUGAGGGAGAGAGCGGAACAAUUGAACAAGAAAAGGUCAUAGGAAUAGUUGUCAUCACAAGGGUACACAGGACGAAGAGUUUGUGUUGCUAUCUUCAAUGACGGAGGAGAAUGCAAACAUGCUGGAACCCUGCUAUCUCUAAGUUUAUCCAACUACCUGAAUUUUAUCAGACAUUUCUCUCUGCUGAAAAGUAUAAUAAAUUAAGGAUAUACACAACGCGGAGCACCUGGACACAGCCCUGAGACAUUGUAUAUUGGCCACAUAUGACAAACCCCUGAGGAGCCUUAUUGCUAUUAUAAACUGGUUACAAACAUAAGUAGAGCAGUAAACAUAUUAUUUAUUGUCAUACCGAUAGUAUAUGGUCUGACAUACUACAGCUGUCAGCCAAUCAGCAUUCAGGGCUGGAACCUCUGUUUAUUAUUUUACAUAACCUAUUUGUAUAUGAAAUCAUCUGUGUUGGCAGAGUUUAAUGGUAUAAUCUUGUUGUAUGAGCAUCAGAAAUCACAUGUUUUAACCCUUUUAUUCAUAAAGGUCUUGUGUAUGAUCAGAUCAUUGAUCACAUCUGUUAUAUUUAACAGUUACUGUUACAUUUUAUAUCUAUAAUAAAUAAUGUAUAUUUUACUAAGAA